AUGUAUAGCGCUAAAGCCCCUUCGUCGCCUAGUGAAAUGGAUCAAACUGGGAACGGUGAUGAGUACUCAGGACCGGUGAAAGCAGCCAAAAUUCACAUAUUCAAAUCAACUCCCAGCAAAAAAGAGCCGGUGGGAAUAACAACUACAUCACCACGUAGCCUGUCUCGUGGGACUUCAUCAGAGGGUAGUAAACUGCUACAGUUGCUCAAGUCCAAGACCGUGAAAAGUGAGCAGUCGCCCAAACAGAUGGACAGACGUAAUUCAGACCAAAGCCUGACGUGGGUUAGGGAAAAUUUUGAAUCUGUGUCAGAGGACUCCACCGCUCAAUCGAGAGAAACUGAAAAGAAUGGCUCCACCAAAAGUUUUCAUGAUCGGGUUUCUCGCUGGAUAUUGCUCCCCUCGCCGUACAAAGUGCCCUCAUCCAAAGCUAAUCCUAGGCGAGUUUCUGCUGAUAUGUCUGCACAGACCAAUGGCCAGGAAGCCAGGGAUACAGAGAGCUCGAAUCCAGUUUCCAAUGCAAUUGAAUUUCCUCUCCCAACUGCAGCUUCAAGGGUUCUGGACCCACCACCGGCGGAUCCUGAACGGUCUUUGGAGAUUCCUCUGAUGGCCAGCGGCUCUACAACAACUAAUAAUACUAAUACUGUGCCUCCUGCUGAGCUCCAUUCAAAACCGUCCUCAGCUCCAAUAGUUCAAGAAAUGAUAAGCCAAUCCCCAGCAAAAAAUGUGGUCACAAAAACCUACCCACUGGCUUUAAAGAAUGUAUUGCACCGAAGUCCUGUUGAACAGGGUUCUAUAUUUCCUUCCGGCCCCAAAGCUAUGCGUUUUAGUGAUGGCACACCUACAAAGGACGGUUCUACAGCGCUUGAAAUGGAACAAACUCAUCAGCGAAAUGUUUUACCAACAAAAUCUGAUCAGCUUGCGCCCGAAGAGAAAAGUACGCACUCACAAGUAGUUGAGGAGGUAGCCACUCCAUUGAAUCCCGAAAUAAAAUCUUCCGCAGGAAGUACAUCAAACAAUCACCCAGAUUCAGAACCAAAAGAAGCGAGUGUACCGUCAAAUUUGAUUAGUUCUAAUUCCCAUGAAGGGCCGGCAGAAGUAGAAACUUCAGAACAAAAUCCUCAAAUCCAGUCAGGAGUGGACAAGCCCGCUUCUCAACAGAGCACAGCUAGACCGGGAUCAGAAAAUGCCGGAAAUCAGGAAAGUGAGCGCAGCGCGGCCGUAGUGACCAAGACUUCAGUUUCUAAAACCGUAUCUUCCGAAGAGCGUGCAGGUUCAUUGAAUACAGUUGAAGCCAAGAAAGCUCCUCAUGAAUCGCUAGCAUCAAGUCGACCAAGCUCUUCUUCAAAAGGAGAAAACGAAACAGGCAAACCCACCAUCCAAUCACAAGCACCUGCUACCCCCCCACUGAAUAACGCCCCGGGAACAAAGAGUCAUGCAAAGGGAAGCACGGAACAGAGACGAAAUUUGGUGUUGAGGAAAGACAAAGUUCCUCCCAAGAGUCGAUUGUCCACAUCCCCAUCUCUCGAGGCAAUACGACGAGUUUCGAUCCCUACCUCGCGAAUGUCAAGUGGUAAGGGGUACAGACCGCAGGUAGGUACCGUGUUUGACGUAUUUUUAAAAGAGAAGAGUAUUUCCAGUUUACAGCCGACUCCCGUGCGUCCCUCAGACCUCGGUGAUCAACUUCUAGUUGGUGACAAGAGCGAGUUGUUCGAAGCACUUCAUACCCAAACUCCAAAUGCUUCUGUGGUGGGCGCCAAAAACAAUGAGAAGCGGAACGAACCGCAUGACUGGAAUACCGGCUUUUCUUGGUCAACUAAAAUCACAAUGGGUAAUGGUUUAACAGCACGUAACGAUACUUCGGGAAAUGCCUCCUUUGUGACAAGGUCGGCCCCACCCAUUAUUGGACUGGAUGCUAGAGAGGAUAAGCUCUCUGGUCUUAACAGGUCAUAUCCAGAGCGCUACCCAGUACAAGGUCCAGCAAACAUGACCCAACCUUCCAUCAGUUUGGGGACGCCAUCGAUGUCGGUUGAGAGAAUGCUCGAAAAUGGCGGUGCAUGGACUAAUGGUGAUAAGGGACGUGAUGUCAGACAGCUGCGAGAAACACUUGUCAAGUCUCAGGUGCGCGAAAAUCCGAAUGUGCAGGCAAGUUCAAGACACACCCGAAGAGAAUCAAGCGAAGUAGACGAAGGAAAAGAAAAAGACCUCUUCAGACAGGCUGGGCUCAUUUCGCCGAGCUCACGCUCUGCUGAGAGCUCAUCGUCUACCCCAUUUCUCAGGACCUUUCUUACCACCAAUGUGGUUGAUGGUACUGAUCAGUUUGCUUCGCAAAAUAGCCAAGCAACCAAAGAAAAAAGCAAAGACGCUUUUGGACUAGUCGAUUCCGCUCCGACGGGCAUUCAUGCUGAUCAGAGCUUGCCGUCUACUCCACCUCCCAAGGUUCCCGAAUCUACUAAUAAAUCUAGCAGCAGGAUGGAACAGGUCGUUACGAAUCAGCUUGGUGGCCACUUAGACUUCCAAAAUGCUCUCAGUCAAUCUCCAAAAUCUUUGACCGAGAGGAAAAGAUUAGGAAGCAAUGAAUUUACUGACGAUAGACCAUUGAAGAAGAGCGGAUUAAGUCAAGCAGUACCACAAUACGCCAAUGGUAAAAAAAAUGUGGUUAUUCGAGAUCCCGUUAACGGUUCAAGACCUGCAAAUAACUUUAAAGCAUUCUCCAGUUUGCCAGGCCGUUUACAUACCGUUGGUUCGAAAGCAUCGUCUUUACAAACAGGCCAAAUUACGAGGAGCAUCAAUGAUCAGCAAAUGAGUGGUCCGAUGCCUCAGGCCUUGGCGAAAGACCUCAGAGUCAAGCUCAGGUCAGUCAAAGAUGUGCCUUCUAAAAAAUCUUUGUUACCUGAUAUGAAGCCAUUGAAGGAAGUAGUUAUUGGGAUCGCGAUACCAGAGAUGAUAGAGUCGGGAAUGGCUCAAGGGUCAUUUUCAACACACGCAAUCAAUCCUUCAGAAAAAAUUGCUGCUCCUCUAUUACAGAGAGCAUCAGACCCACAACUGGGGAACGUAUCGAGUGGGGACUCGGGUGAUGCUUCAUCUGACUCUUCCGAGCACUCAGCAAAAGAAACAGACAGAAGCGCUCUCAGAAGUAGAAAAGAUAGAGCUAAAUUUCCAGCGAUUGAUUCGGAGUUAGGGAAGUCAUUCCUUGAAGCGCCUUCCCCACAUCUUUAUUCAGACCCGCUGUUAGCAUCUAUUGAGCGGAGUGUAAAUGCAGCUUCUUCGAAAGCAAAUGCGACACCUCCGACAGCUACUUUCACGAGCCUGAAGAACCCUGAAGAAGACCGCAAAAAGACAGAGCGCUUAGUGGCUCGUCGAAUAGGCGCGGAACUGGCUAUUGCCAAAGGUCUGAACAAAAAGAUGCUUGUCAACUUAAUAUUAUCCGGUGUUAUUGCAUGCUCUCCUCUGAAGUCCGGUCGUCUCGUCACAAGCAGUAAUGACAUUUGCAAUAACAACAACUAUGAAGAAAGUCCUGCCUUAUACCUUCAACAUCUAUCAAAACGAGCAAGAUUAGAAAGCUCUGCUUUCGAUAGAGCUCAGGUUCCAGUCCUUGAUAACCAAGUAACUGUUCUCGACAAGCUGACAGUGGAAAGCAUAAGAAAAGGUUUGCGCGAUGCUUGUUUCUAUAUUGACAAGGGUGAGGUAGACCCCAAGGACCUGAACAAGCAGAACAUAGUUCAUGAGCGAGUGAUGAAACUGAAAGAUUUUCUUCUACGAUUGGGGUGUCUAACAUCCGAUGCCAAGUCCCCUUACGUCAAUAUUAUAGUGCUCAUCAACGACCUGGUUGGGCUAAAGAGCGAUGUAAGGUCCUUCGAAUACUCAGGUACACAAAUUUGGAACUACGAAUACGCAGUGAGGCUCUUCGAACUCGUCAGCAGAACGGGUGACUUUUUUACCAACAACGAGGGUAGUUACAGCCUAGGAGCCUCACCUAAUCGCAGGUUGACGGAGAGAGUGGAGCGUCGCAGCGACGCUUCAAAGGUCAUGACCGAAUUACCACAUAAAGUCACCGAUCCUAAAGAUACCGAUCUAAAAAUGGCAUUGACGCUGGAAGAAGAACGAGCUAAUCAAAUACUAGCCAGGCUCGAAGAAACAAAAGCACGCGAUGGUGGUUGUAGGUUGUUUGUGGAAAGCGUAAGCUCAAGUGACAUUGACGUCAUUGGGGAUGGUCUUGAUAAUCUCACCGACGUAAGGCCCCGGACUUCAGAUAAACUCACUGACUCAAGGUCUCAGAUCUCAAACAACGUAACCGACCUGAAACUCCGCACCUUAGCUAGUGAGACUAUCAAGGACCAGUUCAAAAUAGCGUCGUUGCAUGGUCGCCUUUCGGCAAAAGAUAAAGAGAUUGUACGUCUGACAUCGAGGCUAACGGAAGAGCAACGUCGGAUAGAAAAAUGGAGACUUGUUUCGAGCUGCUUAGCUCCGAAGGUCCUCGAAGGCAUAGCUGAGACUGAAGCUGAAUCAAACAGAUGUUUCAUUCCUCAAGAAAAUGAAAGCCAAAACGAAAUGCAGCUUGUUACACCUUCGAACACGGACUCGCAAAGUGGAGUUUUGGACGAGAGUGUAGUCGAGAAUAUUCAUGUGAUAAAAAAUGCGCUACACGCAAGGCCUGGAUCUGGUGGUCAUGGGGAUCAAGUAAGUGCUAAAGGGCAAGCAGGACUAGGAUCUGCAAGAGAUCAAUUAGCACAAGCAUCACAAAGCGAUGAUCUAUUCUUCUCUCGUAUUAUAGCUCUUUCGAAAAGGGUUACGAAUACGAUAUCGUCGGAACAAGAACUGCGUAAGCUUGUUGAUGAUCUAAAGAGCGAGCGCAAGACUUUGGAGGAAACUUUGAUGACUACAAUGCAGGAAAGGGAAAGCGAGAAAAAAGAGGCUGAUCAAAAGCUCGUCGCUUCCCAGCAAAUAAUUGAUGAGCAGCGGCAAGCCAUUUUAUCACUGAAAGAACAAGUGAAAGGAGAGAAAGUCAAGAGGAAGGCCUUGGGCGCUAGCCUCAAUGCUUUAAUCUCGUACCAAAACUCAGGCGAGGAGGAGGAUUCAGGCAAAGAGGGUCCAGAGUAA